AUCUCCAAAUAUAUCCGUGUCGACGGCGUUGAGCUAAGAUGUCUCAACCGAUCUAUUGGCCCCUCCACUCGCAUCCCCUCUUCCAUCCAUGUGCAUUGCAACAAACGUGCACGCCUCCAAACACUUGUGAAGCCCCAGGAAAAGACGAUUCUGAAGAUCGGCAGCGAAUCGGCGGCUCUGCCCGUAAGUGCAUAAUGUUUCGAAACGAACAGCCACUCGCUCUGUCUCAAAGUCAUCAUCGCGCGUCUUGGCAAGUUACACACCUUCCACUUUAUCAGUUCUGGUCCCUUCCUCAGGCCGUCGUUGUCGAUUCAUAGUUUUUUCUUAAUCUUUCUCGUUGAUAUUUUCUUAGAAGGUAUUUGGGGUUUUGGAACGUCCGAGUCGUACCAGUAAUGCUUUCCUCUACCAUUCUCGCCGUUGCGCUCGCUGGCGCCGCAAUUGCGUUCACUCCCUCGGGAUUUCAACCUUCUUCGACUCAGAACAUGACCGUUGUGUUUGGGAACACAUUGGCAGUCAACGGCAAGGAGAUGCAAAAAGCAGAUGUUGCGAAAGCACCCACGCUUGGCACGGCGCAGAGAAUGUUCGGUACCUACACAGUCAUGAUGGUUGAUCCCGAUAUCCCUCCUGCAACAGCGGGUGGAGCUACGAGCGAGCUUCUUCACUGGAUGCAAGCCGGGCUGGUCUCUUCCAACACAAGCACAACAGUCGCAGGUGUUACAACCUUUGAAUUGAUCAAUCCCAUGAAUGUCACUGCGUUUGCCACCUAUAUCCAGCCAUCGCCACCCGACAAGGCCCCCAACACUCAUCGAUACACCCAACUUCUCCUCAAUACCACUGGGAACACCAGUGCAUUGACCACCUUGGCAAGAUUCGCAAUGACGAGGACGAACUUCAGUGCUGUUAAUGUGGUCAAUUCUGCUGGUGUGAAGAUCAUUGCUGGAAACUCAUUUGAUGUCUCCAACGGCACCCUCGUUCAAUCCAAUAUCACGAAGACGACUUCUGUAGCUGGUAGUGGAGCGAGCGCCACUGGCACGGGAACUGGUACAAGAUCGAGUGCAACUUCGUCAAGCAAUGGAACUGUGAGCAGCACCGGUACUCCCAAGAGCACGGGCGGUGCUUCGGAGUUGACGACUGGAGGAGCUUUGAUCGCAGGAUUGGGAGCAUUGGCUGCUGCCUUGAUAAUGCUGUAGAUGCCCCAAUUAGAAAAGAGGAAAGAUGAUUUAUGUGCAUCGUGGUGCUCGAGAGCCAAAGUGAGAUGUGCUCAAGUGACUUUGAAACUUUAGCCCAGUUUCGUAGCUCGCCCGAAUUAUGCAUUUUUC